CCGGCGUGAGCGCCAAAAUCAAACCCGCUCCGCCCCCGGCCGCCAGCGCACGCCCCGCCGCCGGAAGCCCAGCAGCCGGCGCCAUGUCAAAGAAAAAAGGACUAAGUGCAGAAGAAAAGAGAACCCGCAUGAUGGAAAUAUUUUUCGAGACGAAAGAUGUGUUUCAACUAAAAGACAUGGAGAAGAUUGCUCCCAAAGAAAAAGGCAUUACUGCCAUGUCAGUCAAAGACGUCCUCCAGAGUUUAGUUGAUGAUGGGAUGGUUGACUGUGAGAGGAUUGGAACGUCGAAUUACUACUGGGCUUUUCCUAGUAAAGCUCUUCACACGAGGAAACGCAAGGUAGAGGUUCUGGAAUCUCAGUUGUCUGAGGGAAACCAGAAGUAUGCAAACCUACAGAAAAAUAUUGAGAAAGCUAAAAUUGGCCGACAUGAGACGGAAGAACGAGCCAGGAUAGCAAAAGAGCUUUCUUCACUGCGGGAAGAAAGGGACCAGCUAAAAGCAGAAGUGGAGAAAUACAAGGAAUGUGACCCACAAGUUGUGGAAGAAAUACGUCAAGCAAAUAAAAUAGCCAAAGAAGCUGCUAACAGAUGGACUGAUAACAUAUUUGCAAUAAAAUCUUGGGCCAAAAGAAAAUUUGGAUUGGAAGAAAAUAAAAUUGAUAAAAAUUUUGGAAUCCCGGAAGACUUUGACUACAUAGACUGAAAUCCUUGCUGCUGGGGAAGCCCUGUGAGCUGUGAAUAUGUAAUCUUUGAUGUUUCCAACCGCGUGUACGGAAUUGCCACUUGCCUGUCACUGCUUACCGCUUUUUAGAUUUUAAAUAAAGUAUAACAUGCAGAUGUUCUUCCGCCUUUUUGGCAGAUGAGAAGCAGUGUGAUAGCCACAUUCCCACAGCGCGCAGAGAGGCAGGGCAGUGCGGAGCAAGCAGUCGGCUUCGCAGAUGAUUUUUUAAAGAUCAAAGUCAUGCCAUCUGAGCAUUUUUUAGUUUCAUUACAGUUUUAAGUACUCCGAGUGCAUUUGAAGGUCCUAUCAUGGAUAAACACACAUAAAGUUUUGGAAAUAACCCUUAAAACCCUAAUGACUGUUUUACUAGUUCCCAGUAUCUGGUGGGAAAUAUGUAUAGUGUGAUACUCAGUCUACCACAUCAUUGCAAAAUUCCCACAGAAGAAAUCACUCAAGUUUAGAAGAGUUUUGGAUGCCUUUCUACUGGAAGGGAAAAGCAAAUGGCCGUAUGUCCUGGUUUUUAUACUUUUCAUAAGAUGAUGGGGGUAUGUGUAUGUGUAUCUAUGUGUAGCACACAUCACCAGCUAUAUAGACUUCUGGGAUUUUUUUUCAACUGCCUAAAAAAAAUGGGUAAAAAAAUAACAUAGAUCUCCUGUACGUAUACAUCUUUUCCAUUAGAGAGAGUAUUUGCAGUCACUCAAACAAAGGAAAAAACAUCAGUGUGUGUAGUGUGUUUAAUUCUUGUUCACUGUCCAAUUUUGAUAGUCUUUUAAGGACCUAGAGAAAUACUACAUAUGUCUGAAAUGACCCAAAUGGCUGGUGAAUCUGGCCUUUGUGUGGCUGGCAGUUGCUCUGGGCCCACAGAAUCACUUCCUGGAGGUGGCAGGAGCAAACUGUCCCGUCUUUGUUUGUUCUUGAGGCCCAUUAAUGUCGCCCCAGGGCACCAGCUCUUCUCACAGGGGAGAAAGGAUCUGAGGAAAGAAAGGGCAAAAAGUAAAAAUAACUCACCACAGGACACAAAAGCCUUUCCCUAAAAUUCCAGAAUUUCUCAGAUCCAGUGUGCUGUUAGUUAGGACCACUGUUUGCUUGUUGGAAAGAAGGUAUGUAUGAGAUGUCCAUGUGUUCACAAAAGGAGUAAUUUUUAAUGAUCCAAAAAGAUGCUUGCUUGUAUGUAUUUAGGCAGCUUUAAAAAUUAAUUUAUGGGGGUGUUGUGGCAUAAUGCGUAAAGCUGCUGCCUGCAAUACCAGCAUCCAAUGUGGGCACCAGUUCUUGUCCCAGCUGUUCUACUUCCAGUUCAGCUCCCUGUAAAUGGCCUGGGAAAGCAGCAGAAGAUGGUCCAAGUCCCUUGCCCCUAAUCCUUCCCUACACGGGAGACCCAGAAGAGGCUCCUUGCUACUGGCUACUGGGUUCGGCCUACCCCAGCCCCAGCCAUGGUAGCCAUCUAGCAAACCAGCGGAUGGAAGAUCCUCUCUCUAAUUCUGCCUUUCAAAUAAAUAAAUAAAUGUGAGGUUUUUUUUAAUUAAUUUAUGUAUUUGAGAAGCAAAGAGAAUGCUCAUAUGCACUGGUUCACUCCCCCAAAUGCCCCCAGUGGCCAGGACCAGGCCAAGCUGAAGCCAGGAGCCAGGAACUCAGUCCCCAAAUUGAGUGUCACCUGCUGCCUAAAUACGUCACCUGCUGCUGCCCAGGGUGCACAUCUGUAGUAGCUGGAAUCAGGGGAGCAAGGAUUCAGAUCCAGGCACUGUGAUGCAGGCAAUACAGGCUGCGGGCAUCCCGAAGGGUGGUGCAACCACUAAGCCAAACACCCACACCAUAGACAGUGAAUUUUUUAUUCUAAUUUGGGUCUCGCACCAGAAUUAGGAUGGGGUCAUGUGCAACCAGUUGUAUGCUGGUUUGUGUUUAAUAACUGGAGCCAACGUUGUGACCUAGUGGGUUAAGCCAUCACUCACAGUGCUGCCAUCCUGUAUCAGAGCACCAGUUCAGGUCCUGCCUGCUCCCUAUGCUAAUGCCCAUGGGAAAGCACCAGUAGAUGACCCAAGUGCUUGCACCCCUGCCUCCCCUGGGGGAGAUACGAAUGGAGUGCUAGGCUCUGGCAUUAGUGCUGUUGGUAAGUGAAUCAGCUGGUAGAUGGAAGAUCUCAGUCUCUGACCACUCUACCUUUCAAAUAAAUACAUUUUUUUAAAAAAAAUGUUUAAUAAGGGUCAGUGUUGUGAUAAAACAGAUAAAGCCACCACUUGCAACACUGUUAAUCCCGUAUGGGCACCAGUUCAGUUCCUGGCUGCUCCACUUCCAGUCUAGCUCCCCACUAGUGCAUAUGGAAAAGCACAUGGCCCAA